AUGUAUUGCCUCCGUUCACUCUUGAUACUCUUUUAUACACUACACUUAACUUGCGGUUGGGGGGACGUCGGUCAUCGCACGGUAGCCUAUUUGGCAGAGAAGUACCUAACCAAGCAGGCUACUCAACUCGUGGAGGAUCUGAUUCCUCUCAAUGAUACGUUCGACAUCUCAGAUGCGGCAGUUUGGCCUGAUAAAGUGAAAUUUCGACGUCCAUUUACCCGAAAUUGGCAUUACAUAGAUGCUGUGGACCAACCACCCAAUUCUUGUGCUGUUUCCUAUGAAGCAGAUUGCAAUGAUGGAUGUAUUAUCUCUGCUAUUGACAACAUGGUCAUGCAGGAUCUUGACCUGGAUAAGAAGAAGCAAGGCGAAGCAUUGAACUUCCUGAUACAUUUCAUUGGCGACCUACAUCAACCGCUACAUGUUGAGAACAAAUGUAGAGGAGGAAACGAGAUCCACGUUCACUUUGACAAUCACGGUGGCGAAAAGGAGAACCUACACAGUGUGUGGGAUACGGAUAUUCCGCAUAAAAUCCUCGGCAUCAAACAUAGGCUGAAGCAAAACGAAGAGAAAGAGCCUGCUGAAAAGUGGGCCACAAAGCUGUUCCAGUCUCAGGGAUUAAGGCCCCUUCAUGCUGAAUGCGCUGAUACACAGAAACCUAUGAAAUGCUCAAUGUUGUGGGCAGCGGAAACAAACAGACUGAACUGUGAUUAUGUAUUCAAGAAAGGCAUUGAAUGGCUGACAGAAAAUGACUUGGGUGGAGAGUAUUAUGAAGGAGCAGCUCCUAUUGUGGAAACACAGAUUCUCAAAGCAGGAAUUCGCCUAGCCGCGUGGCUGAACGCCUUGGCAGCCGACAAAGCGUCAUCUGGAGGGCACUGUACUCCUCAGGGUGGAAAGGUGAAAGCACAGAAGGAGCUAAAGUAA